GCACCGCGCAUGUUUGAGGGCGUUUGUUCCGCACAUUUCCGUCCAACCUCACCCCAACUCCUCCUUUGCCGUUCCAGUUGCCCCUUCCCCGAGCAGUCGACGAUACCAAUAACGCUCCCAAACCCAACGCCCCUCAUUCGAAACUCGCCCUCGACGAAUUGCGCCCUUGACUGACAGCUGAGCCAUGGACCAUUCGCAUAUGGAUCAUUCACGCAUGGGUCACGGCGACAUGGACCACGGCGGCGGCGGCCCCAUGUGCAACAUGAACAUGCUCUUCACCUGGAACACCAAGGAUCUCUGCAUUGUCUUUGAGUGGUGGCGCGUCAGCUCGACUCUGUCGCUGAUCGUCUCCCUCAUCACCGUCAUCGCCGUUGUCGCCGGCUACGAGGCCCUCCGCGAGGGCAUCCGGCGCUACGAGGCCUGGGUAAACAGGCGGGCCGAGACGGCUCCUCGGCAAAAUAGGGUUGGCGGAACGAGCAGGGCCCAUGUCAUUAAGGCGGUGCUCUAUGGCAUCCAGAACUUCUACGCUUUCAUGAUCAUGUUGAUCUUCAUGACUUAUAAUGGCUGGGUCAUGAUUGCCGUGUCGGUUGGAGCCGGAAUUGGCUACCUGAUCUUCGGCGCGAGGACUACCGCGACCAAGGACACCGCGUGCCACUGAGCCGCGAACGUGGGAGGGCAAGAUGAUGCCCCGCGAUCCGUGUUAUGUUGCGGCGAGGUCGAGGCCAUGUGGAACCGCGAGUCUCUGUGAUCAAAUUUGAAGGCGCUGACCGAGUGAUGAGAAGGUAUGGCGGGUUGUGAAGAUGAAUCUGGGCUUGUGCCGAUCUAUUCUAGCGUAUGUAGGACUGUCUGUCUAUCCAGCCGAUUAUCUCGAGACACAUACAAAAUGCCAAUGCCGCGCGUGAAGGAC